AUGCAGCUCGGAGUUAGCUAUAGCCAGGGCGGUCGCAGUGACCAGAAGCUCGAAAAACUGCUGCCACUCCUGGAUAAUGAACCGCGGAAGAGAAGGCCCCAAACCAGCACAUGCCGAAGUUAUAUGAGUAAAGAUAGGCUUCAUUGCAGUACUUCACAAAAAGCUCAAGCAGCUAGCUCCUACUUUAGAACUGUAGAUGCACAGGAACGCAAAACGGCGCUUACGGGUGCUAGGAAAUCACGCAUUGACAAAUUCCAAUCGCGUUUCACUUUCUCGCACGCCGAUCCCAAGUACUAUGCACAUUUAGCAGCCCAGCCCGCCAACGGGUGGUGGAAAGCACUACUUACAUACCGCCGGCAGUCGCCUGCACUCGUGGAGCGUUUGUGCAAGAGACUCGAUGUCCUGCUGCCAGACACACUCUAUGCUACUUCAUCUGAAUGUUAUUAUAUCACCAACAACUCCGUUGCUCUCUCUCCGAGUAUCAAAUGCACUGAGAAGCUUGGGUUUCCCGAAACAGCUUCUGCUGGCUGGUUAAUUAAAGAAGACUUUUCCGCCUCUAAGCUGUUUGAAAGAAACGCAAGCCUUUACCUGGCCGCGCUGGGGUUCCCUGGUGGCCUAUUUAAGCAACACACAAGACUCGGCCUCAGACGAAAUGAUCUGGAACGGAGGUCGCGUGAUGCAGCAAUGGUCGCCCCAGCUGCGGUAGUAAAACAAGCUCAUUAUGCAGCGGCCAGCAAGAAUAUAAGCAAGGCUUUGGAUUUCCCCAGCAUGUCUGCUCUAUUGGCAGACUCCAACUCAGAGCGGCUUAUUCAGCUGACUAGAGUCGCUUGGAGAGCGGGAAACACGCCAAUAGGCUUUACUUUGGUCAACAAGUUGACUCCCGAAGAGGCAUGUGAGGCUAACUUAGACAUAACUGGGCAGUUUUGCGUAAGCUGUGACAACGCGUUUCCAAUUCGGAGGUCGCAGGACCGUGAAUACGGUCCUCAGGAAGAGGUCUCACCAGCGGAAGCCACAAAAAGAAAGGUCUUAGAAUUCAGUGCCACCUUCGAUGUUUUUAAAUUAUCUGGAGCUAGCUUGACUGAAGCCUCUAGGAUUGCCAGGAAGCUGAUGUUGGUGACACAGACGCUAUUCAAGGUUUGGCUGGAGUCGUUGGUGGUGGAUCUUGUGAAAGGAUGGAACGGAGAGUGGUAUUUCCUGCAGGUCAAGGCUUUUACCUUGAGACAAUCGGGCCCACGGGUUGACGCAGGCCUGGAGGUCGCCGAUACUCGACAUGCCAUAGAGGACGAAAUAUUAGACGAGUCCGUGAAAAUCAAAGGUGCACAUUUGCGGAAGCAGCAGAUGCCAUUAGUACAGCCUUCAGUGUGCGCCAUGUGCGGUUUGAACCGGAGCAAGAAAGCUCUAAUUCGGAUGCUAAAUCAUCGUAUGAUGCUGGAAGCUCAACAUCAUAUGCGCAAGAGAGGAGUAGAUAUUCUCUUCUUUCAUCAGGCAAAACGCCAGCAACUUUCUGCUGAAUCCCUUGUCUGCGGUACCUGUUAUUCGCUAUACUUAGCGGAGAAGGAGUUGAUCCAGCUCGAGGCUGAGCUAGCGAAGGAAACCGGGCAACUUAUCAGUCCAGAUGCCGGAAAACUCUGUUUCGUCACUGGCAUUUUAGAAGCUUUUCAGGGGAAUUUUCCAAUGAAGGAUCCUGACCUGUUCGAGUUGCUGCAAGCCUUUGACAACUCCUGCCAAUCGGCGGAUAGCGCAAAGUCUGUGGCCAAAUUACAUGAGGGGCUGUCUGACGAGCCCUCGGCGCUAGCUAGUGACACUGAAAUCCUAGUAGCACUUAAAAGGCACGAAAAUGACACUGGAAAAGGGAGCCACGCCGAGGGAGGGGAAUCGGAUUUGUCGCCGGCAAACGGCGCACAAGGCCCGUUAAUUGCUUUUAGAGGAGGAGAAGCAAUUCAAUCUUUCCACCCGGAAGGCCAGCCCCACGAUAUCGUGUUGCCCGCAGCGCUUCAUCAGUGGCGAAUCAUGCUCUUCCUAGACUCCUUACACGACAGCCUAGCUCCUUCUACUUCGGACAGACGACAGAAACCGUACGUGCUACAGUUGGAUCUCUUUGGUCAUACAUCUGCCGUGGUUCUCCCUAUCCCAGACGAACGCGGCAUCGUGUACAUUCGCCGCAUGCUAAUCUUUUAUCUCUUUUCAAAGAACCCGAUAACCGCAGAAAUUUUUAAGGAAGAGGUGCAACUCUCUCUCCAUCAAGGAGACAGCAACAGGAUCAGCGGAGGUUUCUCAUCCCACGUUUCAACGGUUAGGGCACAGUCGGCAGGGACGCAGUCCUCCCGCCUGUGCAACAACGCACCUGCCUUGCAGUUUCCAUCGAAACGGCAAGGCACAGGACAGCCUGUGGCAGUAGGUAGCUGUUUCUUAGGACGGCUAGCUGGCAAGCGAAGCAUCAAGUACCAAACCAACGCCUUGUUGUUUGAAGGUAACUGCGGCAGGUACAGACUGAGGAUUACUCUGGGACUGCACCGAGAUAUGCAAGUACCCAGUCAGUACAUCUCGGUUGUGCCUUUCCGCGACGCCUUCAUAUCCACAACGCCCUACUGCUGUUCUUGCCCCUUGCCCCCAGAAUGGCUCGACUGCUUUCUAACAGCGCCGAACUCUUGA